AUGACUUCGGAAUCCAUUUCUUCAGUCCCUACACCAUUUGGACAAACUUCUGAAAGUGGUUACUCAACACCUGGAACUAGUAAACUCCCAAGCCCUGCUGAAGCAGCCACCAUACCUAAUGGAAAGACUUCGUCAGCCUUCGAAGUACAAAUCCCUGCUAGAAGCAGGCUCCAGGGACCCGGUGGCGAUGAGCGAGCAUUACGACGCAGCAUCUAUUCCUUAAACGCCAAGAGUAAGAAAGUAACAGAAGUCCAGGACUCGGAUGAAGAGGACGAUGACUUUGCAGCAAUCACUCGUGAUGCUAAGGUUGCUCGACGUUUGCAAAAUGAAUUCCAUAUGGAAAGUCUGAGGUCACGUCGCACUGAGGCAACUGAUGGACAAUCGUCUUUCUCGACUGAGGCGUCGGGGAAACGGCCAAGAUCUGUCUCGGGGCCUACUGCAACACACAAGCGACCGAGCAAGAAGAGCAAAACUAUUCCAGACUCUGACGAUCUGUCUGAAGCGGACGUGGAUAUGGACGCUGAAAUUGCUGCUGGUCUUGCACUAGAAGACGAUCAAUCAAACGGCGACGCCCUUUCACUUGGUGAAGAGACUGAAGAUGAAGGUGAAGAGAAUGUUGAAGAUGACGGUGAAGAGGAUGUUGAAGAUGACGUUGAAGAGGAUGUUGAUGAGGGCAUCGAUGAGGACGUUGAAGAUGAGAUAGCAGCAUCAACAGAUGAUGAGCCUUUGGCGGUUCAGAGGAAGAAGAAGCCUGCAAGGGUUUAUGCCAAGCGCGCCGCGGCCACUCGAACAUCUACCAACUUGGCAGAUGCUCCCACAGCCGCCAUAGCCGAUUCGGAAUCCGGAAUGUCUGCGCUCCCGUCUGACUUCUCAUCCGGUCUAUCAUCCGGCAUCAGCUCUGCAGCUACUAGUGAUAGUGAGAGCUCUGCUGUUCGCCAACCGCCGGCCAGCGAAUUGCGAUCAAUUGCAUCUAGGCGACGGGCAUUUAGAAGGGCUAAAAACAAAAGCCGUGUUGCCAAGGAACGAGACCGUCUUGAGAAGCAUCACCCUGAGCUAUCCACCAUGUGGAAAGACCUAGAAAAUAUGCCUGUGAUGAAAGCUGGCAAAAUUGACCAGCCAGCGAGUAUCUCAAGGCUGUUAAAACCGUUUCAGCUUGAGGGCGUUGCUUGGAUGAAGGCCAUGGAGACCACAAAGUGGAAGGGUGGUCUUUUGGGUGAUGAAAUGGGACUGGGCAAGACGAUCCAAGCCGUCUCCCUCAUCAUGUCUGACUACCCAGCUAAGCAGCCCACUUUGGUCCUUGUUCCUCCCGUCGCUCUCAUGCAAUGGCAAUCAGAAAUCAAAUCCUACACCGAUGGAACACUAAAGACUUUUGUAUUUCAUGGCACUAAUCAGAAAGCAAAAAAUAUCACUGUGAAAGAGCUCAAGAAGUUCGAUGUCAUUAUGAUGUCCUACAACAGCUUGGAGUCGAUGUAUCGCAAGCAAGAAAAGGGUUUCAAACGGAAAGACGGCAUAUACAAGGAAAAGAGUGUCAUUCACGCCAUUACUUUCCACCGCGCCAUCCUAGAUGAAGCACAUUGUAUCAAAACGAGAACCACAAUGACCGCCAAAGCGUGCUUCGCUUUGAAGACAGUAUAUCGCUGGUGCUUGAGCGGCACACCACUGCAAAAUCGAAUUGGAGAGCUCUUCUCCUUGGUGAGAUUCCUUAACAUCACGCCAUUUGCAUCCUAUCUCUGCAAACAAUGCCCUUGCUCAACGCUCGAGUGGUCAAUGGACGAAAACAGUCGCUGUUCCGACUGUGGGCAUGCGGGUAUGCAGCACGUGUCUGUUUUCAACCAGGAGCUUCUUAAUCCCAUUCAGAAAUUCGGAAACUUGGGUCCUGGUAGAGAGGCAUUUAAGAAACUUCGUUUGAUGACGGAUCGUAUCAUGCUUCGACGACUCAAGAAGGACCACACCAAUUCCAUGGAACUUCCUGUCAAAGAAGUCCAUGUCGACCGUCAAUUUUUCGGAGAAGAGGAGAACGACUUUGCCAAUAGCAUUAUGACCAACGGACAGCGCAGAUUUGACACUUAUGUUGCGCAGGGUGUUCUCUUGAACAACUAUGCCAACAUUUUUGGCUUAAUCAUGCAAAUGAGGCAAGUCGCCGACCACCCUGAUUUGAUAUUGAAGAAGAAUGCAGAUGGUGGCCAAAAUGUUUUGGUCUGCUGUAUCUGUGACGAACCAGCAGAAGACACUAUCAAAAGCCGUUGCAAGCAUGACUUUUGCAGAGCGUGUGUGUCUAGCUAUAUCAAAUCGACCGAUGAGCCAGACUGUCCGCGGUGUCAUAUUGCACUAGUCAUCGACCUUGAGCAACCCGAAAUCGAGCAGGAUGAAGUGUUGGUCAAGAAGUCGUCAAUUAUCAAUCGAAUCAAGAUGGAAAACUGGACAUCUUCCUCUAAAAUCGAGCUGCUUGUUCAUGAACUUCACAAGCUGCGAUCUGACAACGCUACGCACAAGUCAAUUAUUUUCUCACAGUUCACCACAAUGUUGCAACUCAUCGAAUGGCGACUUCGGAGAGCCGGAAUCACAACUGUCAUGCUUGACGGCAGCAUGACUCCUGCUCAGCGGCAAGCCUCAAUUGAGCACUUUAUGAACAACAUUGAUGUAGAAUGUUUCCUUGUUUCGCUCAAGGCUGGCGGUGUUGCACUCAACCUCACUGAGGCGUCACGAGUGUUCAUCGUAGACCCUUGGUGGAACCCGGCUGCUGAGUGGCAGUCUGCUGAUCGCUGUCAUCGUAUUGGACAGCAACGACCUUGCGUCAUCACACGUCUUUGUAUCGAAGACUCGGUCGAAAGCCGAAUGGUGCUGAUUCAAGAGAAGAAGACGAGUAUGAUCCAUUCUACUGUCAAUGCUGAUGAUAAAGCGAUGGAUACUUUGAGCCCCGAAGAUAUGCAAUUCCUUUUCCGAGGCUCGUAG